AUGGCCGUUCUUCCCCCAUAUGGCGACGUAACACGGCCGACCGUUGCCUGGUCCGUUGUUGCGGUUGCAUGUGUAGCCAACUUUCUCGAUCUUUUCCAGAGCUCCAUGGUCCUAUUUGGACUACCACCCAUUCAAGAAGAUCUUAAUUUCACGGUUGAAGAAAUCAACUGGGUGCUGGUAGCGUACACAGUCACCUUCGCCACUUUCCUGUUAAUCGGCGGGCAAGUAGCAGAUCGUGCAGGCUUACGCACAAGUUUCCUUCUGGGAACUGCAACUUUGACCUGGUCGAAUAUAUUGUGUGCAUUCACGCCAAAUCAGUCAGGUUUAUUGGCUGGACGAGCACUGGCCGGUGCUGGAGCAGCCUUUACUACAGCUACGGGUAUCUCAAUAAUCAGCCAUGUAUUCCCUCCAGGGAAAAAUCGGGAGGCGGGCCUCGCACUCUAUGUCUCGUGUGGACCUAUCGGUACAGUGUUCGGUGUCAUCGUUGGUGCACUCCUCACAGCCUCACCUGCAGGAUGGCGUUCGCUCUUUUGGGUGACUGUCAUCUUCGCCGCUUUUGCCUUUAUCCUAGGUUUUUUCAUGAUCCCGCGUUUCGAGCGCCCCGCCAACAAGCCCGCCGUCGAUUACCCUGGCUUAUUCGCCUUCACUGCCGGAACCGCAAUGCUAGUUUAUGGGCUCAACAAUGCAGAGAGUAGAGGCUGGAAAAGUCCUGAUAUCAUAGUAACCAUCGUGCUCGGUGUAUUAGCACUCGUGGCUUUUCCCAUCAUUGAAAGCAAGGUCUCUAAUCCCGCGAUCCCGCCCACGAUCCUCCAGGAUCGCCAUGUCCAGCUGCCUCUUACCAUAUUCAUGUUCAUUGGUGGGGGAUGGGUCACGUGGUUUUUUGUUGCUACCCAGAUCACUCUAGUCUCGCUGAAGUACAAAACUGUCCUUGCUGCCUGCUACUUCCUUCCCGCCACAGUCUGCGCAAUGAUUGGGGGUGCCAUUGGUAACACAGUUGUCGGAAAGGGCCAUGCCAAGUGGCUGAUUGCCAUUGGCUAUUUGGUGAGUUGCGGAGCUCUUGUGCCCUGGGGAUUCGUCGGCCCACAGUUUGGCAUAUGGUAUGUUAUAGUGUUCGCUAUGCUGUACCUGUUUGCGUCACCUCCCGUCUCUGUCGGAGCGCAGUCCAUCGUGCUGGGUCGUAUUGACACAGCAGACCACGGGACUGCAUCCGCCAUGAUGAACGUCAUGUACCAGUUUGGCAGCUCCUUGUUCCUUGCAGUGGUCAACGUCGUCAUGGCCAGCACCAACGAGGGUGAUCCCUUAAGAGGAUACCACAACGGUAUGUGGACAUUGCUUGGGUUCACGGCUUUCGGCGCAAUCAUCUAUCUCGUCUUAUAUCUGCCAUUGCAGACCACGACCACACAACAUAUCGAUAAGCGGGAGCAGAGUCCGGAGCUCGAGGCAGAGGAAGGUGGAAUCGUUCAUUCUGCUAAAGCAUAG